AUGGAUCUACCCUACUUCUCAACGCACGCUAGUAAUAUUUCCAUCGUAUCCGAUGAAGGCAAGAAAAUCCGCUCGGCUGGGCCGUCGAAUGGACGCUAUUUGCUAUCUCCAUUUCCGAAAGACAGUUGCUUUAUGCCACCUAAUUAUGGCAUGAAACCACCUCCAAAUCCCAAGACGGGCAACUCGUAUACUGUCUCGCCUGCCGGCCAUGGUAUUACGGUGAAUACAUCAAGGUCGGAGAAGUCAGAGCUACCAAAGCUCCUUGAGCACGCCAAAGACGACAGUGCUACGACGGCCAACCCGUGGAGGCAUGUCGACUACCUGUCUCACGACUGGAAGGAGGAAGAUAUCUGGUCAUCAUGGAAAUAUAUCACCACUCGCCGAAGAGAGUAUCCAGAGUAUCCAAAUAGUUCUCGUCUAGAGAAUGCAUCUUGGAGAGCAUGGAUAAAAUGCAAAUACAAACUGAAGACUGUGUCUCCCGAGACCCUCAACUGGUUCAAGGAUUGUGAUGUGACUUGGCUAUAUGGGCCCUUUCAGCAAGAUCCAAGCAAGAUCUGUUGUGCAGAUACUGAACUUUCCAGUAUCCCAUCAUCCAAGUCCAAUUCACAAGUUAGCAUUAAUAUGAAGUCUAUAUUAAAGAGAACGGAAAUAAUCGGCCAGGGAUUAACAAGGCCUACUCUUAAUCGAGCAGCAGUGACGGGUUAUGUUAUGUCUUCGAGACAAAUGAGCCGCAAUGCCUCUAGUAUGCUGUCGUCUUCAGCCUCUGGGGUCUUAUCAUCAGGCAUCAAGCAAAAAUCCAUCCGCUUCAAUAACAAAGUCGAGCAAUGUAUUAUCGUCAAUGGUCAUGGUGAUGACGACAAUGGCAUAAAUUCCGAUCCAUAUAGCCAUAGUGAUUCCGAUGACGGCCUCAGGACGAAGCGGCUUCGGCCACGAAAGCAGGCUCCAUUGGUGAGGAGGAAAUCAACGAAUGAUAAGAACUCAUUUAUUUCUGACGGAAAGACGCUUGCGAUGCUUCCGUCGACAACACUUAAUCACCGAGGAGAUAUUCUAGAACCCAUGGAAGAGGCAAUGAAACACAGCAUCAGCAUUCGCAAUCCUACGCUCUCGCCAUCCUUGUCACAAGAGACGUGUCCCAAACCCUUGGGUAAGUUCUUUGAAGAAGAGGAGGAUCAUGAUAUAACAGAUGUCGAUGUCGAUGCAGACUCAGCCUGGUACGGCGCUAAGAGUUUCGAAAACCCUGGUUUGCACCGCCGGACCUCUACAGACAACAUAACCGCCGAGCCAACUGGCAUGCGUCGCACCCCUUCCGGCAUGUUUAUGCCAUAUGAGGAGGGAGAAUCAUCGUCGAAGGAUGCGAUAUUUUGCCGCUUUAUUAACCUCGUUAACACAGCCAGGGACAUGACAUAUUUUAUUUGGAAUAUGGGCUGGAGAAAGUGAGGGCCUUGACAGCGGAGACAUUUCAUGUAGAAGAAGGGAACCAGAUUGCAGCAGCAUUCAUGGUUGCCGGAGUAUCUGUUAGAUUGUGGCUGGAUAAUGCACUGAAACAGGGCCUUUGCUUUAGAUUGAAGGAUAUCAGAUAUCUGCAUCUGGACGAGGAGCUACAGUUGCCCAAUAAGCGCAUAGGAUAGAG